AUCAGUGCGCAGAACAUCAUAACGCUACUCGGUCGUACAUUGUAAGGAUCGGCCCAUCUAAUUUUGUUUUUAGUGAUAGAUGCAUGUUCUUAACGAUAUAUUUACAGGAAAGCCUUGCAGAUGAGAGAGAGAAAAAAUUGAUGGAAGAAACAAAGCCUGGAUAGAGAAUGCAAGAAAUGGUGGAUCAAGAUUUAUACACCAUUUUGGAAUCGUCCUCGUCAGCCUCGUAUGAAGAAUUGAAAGCUAGUUACAGGAGACUUGUUCUAAAGUAUCAUCCAGAUAAAGUGAGUGAAGAUGAGAGGGAAGGCUGUCAUUUAGAGUUCCAGAGAUUAGAUAAAGCUUGGAAGAUCCUCAGUGACUCAAAUCUUAGACACCAGUAUGACACCAGACAAAGAGCCACCCAGUUGACUAAUACUUUGGUUAAUGAUGAGAUCAAUCUAGAUGACAUGUCUUGGAACGAAGAUGACCUGACCUACAGCCACCAAUGCCGAUGUGGAGGGGAGUAUAUCCUGAGUGAGGAUGAUGCAUCGGAGGGAUCAAGGCUUGUCAACUGUUCUAAUUGCUCUCUGUGUAUCGAGGUAGUGGUAGAAGAAGAACUCGAUGAAUCGGUGAAAAUGGAUGUGACAAAGAGAUGAUAUUCCAAACUUUGGAGACUCCAGAAUAAUAAUAAUCCACUUUUAUAUAGCACUGAAGACAUCAGAAAGCAGUCUCUAAGCGCUUUACAGAUAUAUUAUUAUCCCGGUCAUCGGAUUCCGAUGUGCCGACAUACAGUGUAUGCACUUUUUCCACUCCCUGGGGAG